AUGGCGUAUAGCUGUGACAGUAUUCUCGACCCUGUCGCUCCUCGCAACCUGAAGACCGAAGAUCUCGAAGACAUGAGACCACAGGGCCAACACAUCUCCGAUCGUUUGACUGUGGAAGUCGAUUGCCAUUCUAUGGGCCCCAGUGACUGCCCCUCGAUGACCUCGAGCUUCUCUCCUUUGGAAUCUCCCACACCGACUCCGACCAGUCUUUACAGCCAUCAAUCUAUGGCCUCUCCUACUAGUUGGCACGAGGCUGCCCACUAUAACAGCCUGCCUAUGGAACGCCGGACAUCGGCGACUCCUCUGCGUAGCGCCUUUCGAAUGGCCGACCUGACCUCCGGCGAGAUGGGCAUGGCCUGCGGGCCAAUGGAGCGUCCCGACCAAUUACCCAUUGCCGACUACUUUCCUGGCUAUGAUGAGAACGUGGAACAGUUUCUUCUGCCGGAAAACAUGCCCAAGACUUUUGAACAACCCACCUUCCCUUACCAUGCACCAAUGCCUCAGUAUAACACCAUGGGCCGCAAUUACCAUUACCGCCCGCAGCAGAGCAGUUUCCUGCCCGAGUCUGCAUCCAAUCCCUGCUUGUCCCGCCCCAUCUUUAACCAGCCCGAGCGGGUCCCAAACUCCGUCUCCAUGUCCAACAUGCUCCACUGGAUGCCUUCCAAUGAAUCUCUCACCGGGCCAACAAUCGCCCCGCACCAGGCUUUCCCUCCCCAGCCCCAAGGCCCCGUGACGCCGCCUUCAUCUUCUUACUCUGACUUUCCUACCAACCUACACAAUUUCAAGCCCAACACUCCUUCCACUCCUGUCCGAUCUUACUCUGGAACUCCGGGAUCGGACACGCCCAUGAGCCGUCUCUCGGGCCACAAUGAUUACCAGGAUGACUUCCCUGUGUCUCCUGGCUACCGGGAUGGUCUUAUGCGCAGCCACACCCAUCGCCAGCCUUCCCGCAAAUCCUCCAAGAAGCAACUGACCCGCUCCAAUCUGAGCUUGGAAAACUUGCCUCCCAUUAUCAAGCAAGUUCAAUUCAAGUGCAAGGAGCCUGGUUGCAAGGGCCGCUUUAAGCGCCAAGAGCACCUGAAGCGUCACAUGAAAAGCCACUCUAAGGAAAAGCCUCAUGUGUGCUGGGUUCCAGGUUGUCACCGUGCCUUUUCCCGCAGUGAUAAUCUCAAUGCCCACUAUACGAAGACUCACAGCAAGCGCGGUGGACGAAACCGCUACGUCGCCACUCUUGAUGAUACCAGCGCAGACUUCAACCCUGAAUUCCGUGGUCAACUCACACCUGAUGGCCGACCUAUCUACGGAUCCAAAUUGGAGGAUCCGAUCAUGGAUUGUGGUGAUAUCAGCGUGGACGGUUGGGACGACUAA